AUCAGACCAAAAAUACAGUCAAAAGUAAAAGAAAACCAAAUCCAAGGGCAGGUUGACUCUGAGAUUUUGGGUGGGAAAUGCAGAGCCUAGCACCAAUACGACCUCGUUUCGGGAGGUGCCUCCCAACCUUUCGAGCAUUCUCUUCUUCUUCUUCUUCUUCAGAGUUCAGAAGUUCAGAUUACUCCAACCAGUCCCGCGGUGGCCUCCCUCGCUUCUUCUCCGAACGCCUCCCUUCUUCCAAGGGAGGCCUAGUUCGUGUUCAAGACGAUGAGUUCUGGCACAUGGCUGAAGUCUUGAGAUUGCGCGCCAACAAUAGGAAAUUAGGAUACUUUAUUUUCUAUGCUGUAAUUGUGGAUUUAGUGGUGGUGUGGAUAAAUGUGUGCAAGGGUAGAGCUGUUUAAUGGGAAAGGAGGCCUGGUAGAAGGUGUCAUACAGACGGUGGACCGGUCCGGGCUUGAUUUCGUGGCCUUGGAAGAUCCAAAGUUGGUUCUUCCACAGAGCACCCAGUGGCAUGUGUUUGCAGCUUUUG